UCAAAAGCCCAGGAGUUGUCUUUACGAAUCUUCUUUUCUUCCUCUAUAGUAAAAUCAUAUUUGAUAUCGAAUCUUCUUGUAUUUUUUUUAAAUUCUAUCGGCAAUUUCUUGAUACAUCAUAUCCAAUAUCUCCUUGCCAUCGGGAAAAUUAAAAAUUAGCAGCUAAAAUAAGAUCGUACAAAACCGAUUGGUGCACAUUCACGAAAGCCUUGUUAACCCUAGGAAAUAGAUGUGGUUCGAGCUGUCGCUGAGAAUUUUAGUGUGAAGGGGAUUGAGAAGCUUUUCUUUUUGGUAUAUUACCCCUCAAAUUUCAGAGCUCAUAUUCCAGUCAGGUUUAACAAGGCUGACCAACUUUAAUGUGGUGUUCUUAUGGGUUUACGGAUUUGGAUUUUUGAGUUGUAUUAUGAAAUUGUUGGAGUUCUGAGUGGUUACAGUUGUGAGACCGUGUUGCACUAGCAUCUUCCAGUUACCAUUAUCUUUCUCCAGCAUGUGAGCUUUCAUUAAGGGUUCGUUCAAGGAAUAAGCAGUAUAAUACCGACUUAGAGUGUAUCAAGAGAAAAGAAGAGAAGAGUCUGGCAGUUUUAAGACCCAUAAUGCUGAAACUCUUUGAUUCUCAUUGUCACCUCCAAGAUCCAAGGAUCUUUAAUAUGGUCCCAAAAAUUAUCAAAACCACGACUGAAACAGGAGUUGUCCAUUUUGCGGUCAAUGGCGUGUCAGAGAAAGAUUGGCGUUUGGUAAAGGAAAUGAGUGAACGCUACCCUUCUAUUGUUCCAAAUUUUGGGCUCCAUCCCUGGUUUAUAACUGAGAGAACUCCUGAUUGGCUGAAAACCUUGAGAGGAUUUUUGGAGUCUACUCCUGCUGCUGCAGUUGGAGAGAUUGGUUUAGAUAAAGGUUCAUUUGGAAGGAAGAUUGAUUUCGCUGAUCAGGUGGAUGUCUGUCGACAGCAGCUUCAACUUGCCAAAGAGUUGGAAAGACCAGCAUCCAUACACUGUGUUCGUGCUUUCGGGGAUCUUCUUGAAUUAUUAAAAUCUGCGGGGCCUGUUCCUGCUGGUUUCAUCCUGCACUCUUACCUCGGCUCUGCUGAAAUGGUUCCUGAAUUUGCUAAGCUUGGUGCUUACUUCUCCUUUUCUGGGUUCCUUAUGUCCAUGAAGGAAAGCAAGGCGAAGAAAAUGUUGAAGUCAAUUCCUAAGGACAGGAUCUUGUUGGAGACAGAUGCACCAGAUGCUUUGCCAAAAUUAAGCAAUCCAGAUUCUCUGUAUUUAAUCGAGAAGGAAGCUUCAUCAGCUGAUGGAACAUCAAGUGGAGGAAUCAAUGAUGGAAAUCCAUCCGAGGAGGACAAAGGCAAUGAACGACAGGCAGAAGAAAUCUAUAACCAUCCUGCAAACAUUCACCAUGUACUCUCCUAUGUUGCAUCAUUACUUGAGCUGACAAAAGAAGAACUUGCUGAGAUAAGCUUCGCAAAUGCUUCUCGGCUAUUUUCUUAUGAAGGUUCAAAGGUACUGCAAGAGGUCUUAAAAUGAUGUGCCAUGACAUGACUAUUGGUUUCCUAAGAAGAAAUGCUGCUUUAGUUUUGAUAUCUGCUAGUUAUACUUCAAUUAGUUCCUGUGUAUCAUGACUCAACUACUAUAAUUCAUUCUCAAAUGCUUCAUUGAUUCAUAAGUAUAUUUUUUCUAACCA